AUGGAGCUCCAAGAACUCCAAACCCUCCUGACCGAAUGGCUCGACGAAGCCACCAACGCCUUCCAAAAGGUGCCGGGGUCUGCAGUCCUGAUCCGCUAUGUCAGGUCAUCGUACCAGAACGACCCGGUGCGCUCGGCUAUUGAGCUGGUGCUGGUCAUCUUCUUCAUCCGAUACCUUAUGUCGCCGGCGUAUUCGACUUCGAAGCAGAACUUUAUCAAGUUGACUGACGAUGAAAUCGAUGAGCUUGUUGAAGAAUGGACGCCCGAGCCUCUCGUGCCGGACAUGACCGCCCUCGAGGAGAUGGAGGCCGAGAGGUUGCCAGUUAUUGUUGGCCCGACCGGUCCCAAAUGCAAGCUCUCCAACGGCCGCACCGUCACCAACCUCGCCUCGUACAAUUUCUACAACCUCAACGCCAACGAGCAAAUCAAGGAAAAGGCCAUCCAGACCCUGCGCACCUACGGCGUCGGCCCCUGCGGCCCUCCCCAGUUCUACGGCACCCAGGACGUGCACAUGCGCACCGAAGCCGACCUCGCCAACUACCUCGGCACCGAGGGCUGCAUCGUCUAUGCGCAAGCCUUUUCGACCAUCUCCUCCGUUAUCCCAGCCUUCCUGAAGCGCGGUGACGUCGUCGUCGCCGACCGCGCCGUCAACUACUCAAUCCGCCGCGGUCUCGAGAUCUCGCGCUCCAACAUCAAGUGGUACGCGCACAACGACCUGGACGACCUUGAGCGCAUCAUGCAAAAGGUGGCGGCCGACCAGGCCCGCGCCAAGAAGCUGACGCGCCGCUUCAUCGUCACCGAGGCCCUGUUCGAGACCACCGGCGAGAUGAACGACCUGCCACGCCUGAUCGAGCUCAAGGAGAAGUACAAGUUCCGCAUCAUCCUGGACGAGACCUGGUCGUUUGGCGUCCUGGGCCGCACCGGUCGCGGCCUCACUGAGGCUCAGAACGUCGAUCCCACCCAGGUGGACAUGAUUGUUGGUUCCCUCGCCGGUCCCCUCUGCGCCGGUGGCGGUUUCUGUGCUGGACCCAAGGACGUCGUUGAGCAUCAGCGCUUGACGGCCGCCUCUUAUACGUUCUCGGCGGCGUUGCCAGCCAUGUUGGCUAUUACCGCCAGCGAAAGCUUGCAUGUCAUUCAGGAGAACCCCGAGGCGACGCUGGGCGUGUGCAGGGAGAAUGCGCGGUUGAUGAGGGCGCAGCUUGACCCCAAGAGCGACUGGGUUAUUUGCACCAGCGCGCCCGAGAACCCGAUUCUGUUGUUGGUGCUGAAGCCGCAGGUGGUGGAGGCGAGGAGACUGACGGUGGAGGAUCAGGAGAGGUUGUUGCAGGAGUGCGCUGAUGAGGUAUGUCCUUUUUUCCCUUUUGACUUCUCCAUUCUAUCUUGCACUAACAACCCCCGCAGUGCCUCGCAAACAACAUCCUUGUCACUCGCCUCAAGGGCGGCCCCCAUCACCACCCACGCCGGCCUCAAGGAUAACGUCUACACCGCCACGCCUGCCCUCAAGGUCUGCGUCACAUCUGGUCUGUCCAAGAAGGAGACCGAGAAGGCGGGCAUUGCCAUCCGUCACGCUAUCACCAAAGUCAUGACCAAGAAGGGAAACAACAAGUUGGGGGUUCCUACUGCUUAG